GUUGCAACGCAUGACGCAUCGCAUCAUCGGUUUUUCCAGCCAGCAGCAUUUGGCUGGCCGACUGCGCCGCACGAAGGGGGAAGGAAGAGGGCUACUUGGAAAACUGGGGGCGGCGCGGCGGAACGGAGAGCGGAGGAGAAAGAGAGGAAGCAGUCUCAGUUCUCGAUCUCCGAGGUUGGUGGCGGCGGCUAGGGCUGGCAGCCGGCGGCAGAAGCAGAUCUGAUCCGCGUCUGUCCGGCGCAGAGAGGAGGCUCCCCGGAGCUUCGGCCGGACCGGCCAUCCGAUUCCGCGGCCCGCCUCUGCGAUGGUCUCUGGCUGCUGACUGCAGUGAUGAAUUCGAGGCCGAUCGUGCUCGUCUUCCUCCUGCUCGUGCUCAUCAUAUCAUCGCAGUUCGAGUGGAAGCAGCAGAUCGGUGAGGCCGAGGCCAGCCCGGAAGCUACGCGGCGGAGGCAGCAACCACAGGUCGUAAGGGAAGAUGCCGUUAAAGAGAAAAUAAUACUGGCGCAGGAGAAGAACAUCCAGCAGCUCACCGAGCUCAUCCAGAGCCUCCAGGUGCAGCUACUGCAUUGCCGUGGCAGCAACAGCACUGCUCAUGGCGCCUCCUCGAAUCAGUCUUCAGCCAGUUACUCCGAAGCGGACAGACAUCAGAUAAUCGAUGACUGAUCGCGCGUGGACAUGCCCAGGUCGUUUGCGUCAGAGUACAACCGGAUCAAGGACAUGCUCUGCAGUGUACUGAUGUGCUGUACUAUUGACAGCACUAUGACCACCCCCUUCUAAUACAUCUUCACCCUCGGCUUGUACAGGAUUAUAUUGUAACUGUAUCAUGUAAAUUUAGCCCACCUUCCUCAUUGAGAUUGAGAAUGUACUCA